AUGCUUGAGCCACCACCUCACCACUGCCCCACACCACAUACCCUCACCACUGCCCCACACCACUUCCCCACACCACUGCCCCACACCACUGCCCCUCACUACUGCCCCUCACCACAGCUUCUCACUACUGCCCCACACCACAGCCCCUCACUACUGCCCCACACCACAGCCCCUCACUACUGCCCCUCACCACUGCCCCACACCACUGCCCCUCACUACUGCCCCUCACCACAGCCUCUCACUACUGCCCCACACCACAGCCCCUCACCACUGCCCCACACCACAGCCCCUCACCACUGCCCCUCACUACUGCCCCUCACCACACAACAUCCCCUCACCACUGCCCCUCACCACACCACAUCCCCUUACCACUGCCCUUUUCUACUGCCCCAUCACACCCCCCCACAACAUCCCCUCACCCCAUCCCCUUACCACAUCCCCCAACCACUGCCACCCCAAUAA